AUGACGACGACGACUCAGUCAAUGAAGUCGACCUGGCCACUCGCCGACAAGUCAGAGUGGAAUGUUCAUCAACAAAUCAUCCACGUCUUAGGCACCUAUCCCAUUAUUCCAGGCAAAGAAGUCCCAGUACACGCCAAGUCCGAACGCAUUCCUCACUUCUCCCAGUGGCAAGGCCACGUAUGGAUCUUCUUGCACGCGUUUGUGCCGAUAAUCAUACAUCAAUCAUGGCUCUCGUCAACCGGCCAAGCACUACAUCCAUUCAUUGUCUUUAUGCUCUACUUUGCAUCCUUUAGCUGGUCCGUUGUACGCUCUGUAAAAGCUACCGCAAAGCUCGGGCAUGAAUAUGGAUUCUUAGAUGGAGAUGCUCAUCAGAGGGAUGGAAUUCCUGAUAUCGGUGUUGAUAAGGUCGUUUCUUCGCUUUGGAAGACUACAGGGUCGCGGAUCUUUAUGGCGACACAUCUCACCUACAGAGCGACACAAGCCCCUGCUGAUGUGAUGAGCGACCCCAAGUGGUGGGCUUGGCUGUGGCUUCAGAUCGGUCUUUACGGCAUCGUCCUCGAUUUCUGGUUCUACGUAUAUCACCGCGCCAUGCACGACAUUGACUGGCUGUGGAAGUAUCACCGCACUCACCAUCUGACCAAGCACCCCAACUCUCUCCUCGCCGCUUUUGCCGACCACGAGCAGGAAUUCUUCGACAUGGUUGGCAUUCCCUUCCUGACCUGGGCGACCUUCCAAGUCCUCGGUCUCCCACUCGGCUAUUAUGACUGGUGGAUCUGCCAUCAGUACAUCGCCUUCACUGAGGUUCUAGGUCACAGUGGUCUUCGAAUCUACGGCAUGCCUCCAUCGACCUUGGCCUGGCUCUUGAAGGGUGUCGGUAUGGAAUUGGUUAUUGAAGAUCAUGACCUUCAUCAUCGAAAGGGAUAUAGAAAGAGUCAUAAUUACGGAAAGCAAACCCGGGUUUGGGAUACACUCUUUGGAACAUGUCACGAACGAAUUGAGGCCAAGGACCAGAAUGUUGAUUGGGACAGGGCGGUUUGGUUCCCGAUUUUCUAA